AUGGCUGACGGUCGAGAUCGGCGAUUUAUUAUUAGCCUAAGUUCUAGUGAAUCGAGCAGUUUAGAUGAAAUAUCUCAAAGAGAUGAUGAUUCUGAAGGGUGGGCUGAUUGCCAGACUUCGUGUGACUCUCCGCAGAGCCGAGAGAUCGAUAUUCAUGGUGAACCAACGGCAACUGUCGGUGGGCAGGGAGCUUGCAGUGAUCAAGUAACUAAGGAUAUGCACUCGGAAGCAUCACCCAAACAGGGAGUAGCCCUUGAUCAAGAGGUCUCUAAGCCUUCAUCAGUGGCAAAACCCUCUCCGGAAACCUGUAAAAGCAAAAUUUUUGCUGGAAGUGCUCUAUUCGGGGCUGGUUUUCCGUCUGGUCCACCGCCCUCAGGCAAUGUGAUUAUCCCUUCUGAAAAAGACGAUCAGCAGCUUCCACGAUAUCGAGUUGCGAGCGACUCGGAAUGGGAUGCGAUGGAAAUUGAGAAGAAAAAGAAGGCUGCUAGUACUCCUGCAAGUGGUCCGUCUUUUCGCAGUACGCGGCGUAAGGAACCCUCCUCAAAUUUUCCAAAGAAUGAGUCCACGAAAAAUGUGAAACAGUCCACAAGACGUUCGACUGAAGCAGCUUCCGAACAGCGACCAACAUAUGAAAAACAGCCUCAAAAUUUGGUGUACAGAAGCUACACGAGCAAUCCUUCACGAAACCGGCGGACGGUUAGCAAAAAGGAUUUUGUGAACGUCUGCCGACAAUUAAUAGGUUCUGAAAGCGAAGACGAGCAAUACUGUGAUGAGCUCGAUCUGGAACAGAACCAAUGUCUUCCAGCCAAUCAUUCCAACUCAGAAGAAUGUUAUCUACCUCUACGUCCUAGUUGCGCCUCUUCCGUUCUGAUCAACAAAUUUGUGAAUGCGGAUCCCGAUGCUGGCAUGAUAUGCAGUGAAGUACGGUGUCGCGGUGACAGUCAGCACAUAGAUGAUCUUUUGCACAACAUUGUUCAUAAAUUCUUUUCGAGCACGACCUUGUCAUCAGGAGCGCUAUCGGUAGUUGUGGAUCUAUUUGAAUUUCCUCCAACACUUUCCUCAAGACCAUCAAACCGUCUUCUGAGGCCGGUUACCAUAGAUGGUUGUGCUGUAUCUGGCUGUUUUGACAAAGAAUAUUCUGUGCAUUGGGGAAGGAUAAAGGACACGAGAAAAAUCGCUUGGACUCCAUGCAAAGUCCUUUCCAUGAAACCCAUCUAUCAGUGUCUGGUGGAAUUUCUGCUGCGCGGGCACAAAGUCACUGUUGCUCUUCCUGCGUAUUACCGCGAUGCUUCAUUCAACGACUUACGGAGCAAGGUGGACGACGUAGAAGCUCUCAAUGUGCUCUUGAAUCUCAAAAUAAUCCAAUUCGUCGACAACCCAAAUGGACGUAACAUUAUGGACGAAGUUAGAGCGCAAGUGGACAGGACCAUCAAACCGUCUUCUGAGGCCGGUCACUAUAGUGUGAUCGCAUUACUGGUAAGCUCGGGAUGCUUUGACAUCAGAGACGAAUGGCAGUUCCCUUCAAACGCAACUUUUAGCUCAACUCAGGGCGGGGAUAAUUCUGCCCUGCCUACCGCUUUCACUCAAGCAUCCAAACGGAUGUUAACGCCUAUCUUCUUCGGCAGAAACCAGGACAUGACGAUUGUGUAUACAUUCAGUACCAAAGAAGGCGGAACAUGGCGGAGCAUCCCAGAAAAAGUUCUUUGUUAUUAUGAGCCUCAAAUGGACUCGGAUAGAAACAUCGACGACGCUGGAAGGCUGUGCCAACAACUUCUAUUUGAAGAACAGAUUAAAGUGUUGGUGGCUUUAAAAGAUCUCUUCGAAUGGUCAUGUAUUCAUCGACGAGGGAUCUCUGCCUUGCUGCGCCUCAAUUUCCUUGCAACAAUGUCGGCGUGA